AACAUUUUAGAUCAGUUUUAAAUCAUCCCAGACAACUGUAAUCAACAUUCUCAUUUCACAAUACAGAACUUUCGUUUUAACUUUCCCCACGUGGUAAAACGAAAACAAAGUAUCACGUGACAUUCUAAUUAUAGACGUAUUAGCCAUAGUAUCAAAAACCAACAAAUUUCUGAAAAUAAAACUUUAUGACUAGAUUAGAUUUAUUCUUUUCAUCAACUAAGGCAAUUAAAGACAGGAGUUCAGAUUAUUUGCGCUCAUGUAAAUUCAAUCCAAGAUGGCGACUGCCGGAAAACCGUAACCAACACAAAAGCAGCGUACCGUUUCUUCCUCUUUCUCCAUCCCAGUCGGCAUAGCAGAGUAAGAAAUGACAACAAAAAUUGCAAUAAUACCAGGUAAUGGUGCCGGUGAUGUCUUUUGUGCAAACUGGUAUGGAUGGUUGCACAAAAAACUGAACCAGAUUUCAGGCGUCUCAUGUGACUUACGAAACAUGCCAGAUCCGGUCAUAGCAAAGGAAACGGUAUGGUUACCGUUCAUGCACGAAGAAAUGGCAUGUGACGAAACAACGAUUAUCAUUGGCCAUAGUUCUGGUGCUGAGGCUGCUAUGAGGUAUUCUGAAAAAUACCCCGUCAAAGGAAUAAUCCUUGUCUCUGCAUGCGUGACGGAUCUUGGCGAUGAUAACGAACGAGAAAGUGGAUAUUAUAACAGACCAUGGGAAUGGCAGAAAAUAAAAUCUAAUACAACGUUUAUUGUUCAGUUUGGAUCGACAGAUGACCCAUUUAUUCCAUGGAAAGAACAGCAACAAGUAGCAGAUGGACUUGAGAGUGAAUUUAGGAAACACAAUGACAAGGGACAUUUUAUGAACACUUCUUUCCCAGAACUACUAAAUGUUGUUAAGGAGAAACUAAAUUGAAUUGUUUUCUCAUACUUUUGGAUCGUUUUUGUUUGCCUAGUAUCUGGUGGCUUAUUUUACAUACAUAUUAAAGCACGUGCACCAAUCCCAUGAAAUUAUACUCCAACGAUAUGAUUACAAACGCCUUGACGUUUUGUAUUUUUCAAAAAUAGAAGAAUGUUACUCCACCUGUCUCAUUUUAUCACCACUUGAUUGUAUAUUGGUAAGUUAAACACUUUUUUGGCAAGAACGUUUGUCCGGGUGAAUUAUGUAAAUAUGUAUACAGACAUCUCAUUCAAACGUUUAAUCGACUGGUUUUGGUCGACCACUUGUACAUAUCAUGAUAAUUUUGAAAAUCUGUAAGAUAUAAAUCAAUACUACAGAGCUCCACAUAAGAACGGGUUUUUUUACUCAUCAAUUUUUUAUUGAGUGAAGUUUUUUUUUCAUUUGCAUCAUUUCCAACUCACCCUACAGACAAAGUUCGAAGUGGGUUUUUUCGUCACCUAGCUCCUUAAUAUUUUGGAUUUUUCACUACAACAUUCCUGAAUGUAUUGGGUUUUCUUCAUCUUCAAUUUAUGAUCUGAGACAUGGUAAUAUUUAUUUCACAAAUCAAGAUGGUCAUCCACUGAUAUCUUUAAUAAAUUUCCUUCAGGUA